AUGUCGUCCUUCAAAAGCCUUUUCCUUCUCUUCAUCCUCACUCCUAUAUUUGCUGCAUCAACUGCCCCGCCACACGCAUUCGGCCUUCAGACACGAGACCUACCGACAGGGACUUGUAAUGUGAAUACUCCUUGUGUGAAUGGCGCAUGUUGCGGAAGUGACAAUCUUUGCGGAUACUCGCCCAAGUCAUGUGCAACCGGCUGUCAAUCAAAUUGCAACGCAAAGGCUGAGUGUGGACCGUAUGCGGUAGCAGGUAGUCAGGGAUGCCCGCUGAACGUCUGUUGUUCGGAAUUUGGCUUCUGUGGGUCUACACCUGAGUUUUGCGUUUGGAACAACACUGCCGAUCCAAACUACAGCGAAUGUAGUACCAAGUAUGGCGGAUGCGGCUCUGUUCCACGUCCAUCAUGCGGAGGGGCAUCUGGGGUUUCCAAACGGAACGUUGGCUACUAUGAGUCCUGGGCAAAUACCCGUUCUUGCCAAAGCGUUUCCCCUGAAGACCUUAAUCUUGAUGGCUUCACAUCCAUCAAUUUUGCAUUUGCGUCCUUUGAUGCCAGCAGCUUCUCAAUAACGCCCAUGGAUUCAAAUGCAGGUUCUCUGUAUAGUCGAUUUACCGCCUUGAAGAGUAAGAAGCCUGGGCUGCAGGCCUUUAUCUCCAUUGGCGGAUGGUCCUUUACAGAUCCUGGACCAACGCAAAAAGCCUACACGAACAUGGUGAGUAGCGAAGGAAACCGAGCGAUGUUUAUCAACAAUGUUAUCAACUUCAUGGAGACUUAUGGUUUCGAUGGUGCGGAUCUGGACUGGGAGUAUCCAGGAGCCGAUGACCGUGGGGGUGUUCCCGCAGAUACUGCGAACUAUGUCGCCCUGUGCAAAGAGAUGAGCGCCGCGUUUGGAUCCAAAUUUCAGCUCACCGUCACAAUUCCCACGUCAUAUUGGUAUCUCCAGCACUUUGACCUCGCCAAUAUGCAGGACUCCAUAAGCUGGUUCAAUCUCAUGGCAUACGAUUUGCACGGAAUCUGGGAUGCGCAGAGCCAAUAUGUAGGCCCCUACAUUGCUCCUCAUACCAAUAUUACCGAGAUUGACUUGGCCUUGGAUUUGCUUUGGCGCGCUGGUGUCGAUUCAAAUAAGGUCGUCAUGGGCCAAGGCUGGUAUGGCCGAAGUUUCACACUAGUGGACCCUAGCUGCAAUACCCCUAAUGGCAUCUGCAAGUUCCCAAGUACUAACGGAGGCGGCAACCCUGGACCAUGCUCGAAGGCGAGUGGAAUCCUCGAUUACCAAGAAAUCGCCGAUAUCAUUAAGAAGAACAGCCUGAUCCCCGUUCAUGAUAAGACUGCCGGUGUCAAGUGGAUCACUUGGGACACCAAUCAAUGGGUGUCCUAUGAUGAUGCAGAUACUUUUGCGCAGAAGCGCGAUUUCGCGAGUAGCCGGUGCCUGGGUGGCAUGAUGGUUUGGGCUAUGGAUCAAGUCGAUCAGACGGCGAGCAAUGGCUUCGGUGGCGCUUCAGGCGCGGCUGGUGUCACCGUGACCCCUGACCAGCAAGCAAACGCGAACCAGGCCACUGCUGAUCAAGCGGCUACCGGGACCUGUUACACCGAGGAUUGCGGUGUUCCCUGCAAGGCCGGCACGAAUGAAGUUGUUCAGUACAAUGGCCAGCCUGGCCAACUGAGUACCAACGACCGCUGUCAAAAGAAGCAAUAUCGAAGUCUCUGUUGUGACGACAAAACACAGGUGGGGACAUGCACUUGGCGCGGGUACAGAGGCACAGGUCUAAGCUGCACCAGUGGGUGUGCUUCUGGAGAGACAGAGCUCACAACGAACACCAACCAGCAUACCAAAAAAGGCGAUAGAAACUGUCACGGAGGCGUCCAGAGUUUUUGCUGCGCGAACUUCAAGCCCACUACUAGUUCGCUGAAACAGGACCUCGAAGAUGCUGCAAAAGCCGCUGCGGAGGCUGCCGCUCAGCAGGCUGCGCUUGAUAUCGCAGCCAAAGCUUUCUGCCGCGUUGCUGUUCCUGCUCUUUUGGCGCCUUUGGAAGCUCUUGAGGACCUUAUCCCAAUUUUUGGUGAGAUUGCUGAUCUCAUUGAAAUUGCCGCAACACCAGCGAUCAUACAAGGUUGCGUCAAGGGUAUCGAGAAGGAGGGUUCUGCUGAGUUCAAAGUGUUUGGCAAAAAGCACACAGUGUCGUGA